AUGGGGGCUUUCAUCGUUGGGAGGUUCCUGUUGUCAGAGGUCCUGCCUUCUGUUAGCCUCCUGUCCUUGACCGUGGCUCCCUUUGCCCAGGUCCCGGCUGACAUUGGCAGCUUUGGUCGCUUCCAGGUACAGCUGCUGAUACUGCUGAGUGUCCCCAACUUCCUGACUGCCUUCUGCAUGUUCACCCAGGUCUUCAUGGUCCUGGAUGAGGCCCACCACUGUUCAGUGGCCUGGGUCAAGAACCGGACUCUGACCCUGAGCGCUGCUGAGCAGCCGGUGCCGAGCGUGCCUGUGGAUGCUGCAGGCAGCCCUGAGCCCUGCCUCCUGUUCCGGCCACCCCCCAACGGUGCCAGCCUGGAGGACAUCCUCAGCCACAGCUUCAGUGAGACACAGGCCUUGCGAGGCGGGCCGGGUCUAUCCUGCAGGAGGCCCCUAUCCCUAAAGAAUGAGCUGAACCUGGUCUGUGGUCGGAAGCAUCCGAAGGACACCUCCCAGUCGGUGGACCUGGCUAGGCUCCUCACCGGGGCGCUCAUCGUCAGGCCCCUCUGUGACUGGAUUGGCCGCGAGGCCACUAUCCUGGUGCAGCUGCUACUCUUCGCCAUCCUUGGCAUGGCCGCAGCCUUUGUGCCCGGCUUUGAGCUCUACACGGCCCUGCGCUUUGCUGUGGCCACGGCCGUCGUUGGAUAUAACUUCAGCAGUGUCACCCUACUUGCAGAGUGGGUGGGGCCCUGGUGGAGAACUCAGGCUGUGGUGCUGGCCCAGUGCACCUUCUCCAUGGAGCAGAUGGCCCUUGCAGGACUCACCCAUGACGUCCAGAGCUGGAGGCUCUUCCAGGUGGCUGGCGCUGCACGUCUUCCGCUCUUCCUUUACUUCUGGGCUCUGCCGGAAUCUGCACGGUGGCUCCUGACCCGGGGGAGGGUAGAGGAGGCUAAACAACUGAUCCAGAGGGUGGCCUUGGUCAACAAGCGAAAACUCUUCCCCGAGCUCCUGAGCCAGAUGGUCCCAGAGAAGACCGGCCCCACGGGGGAUGCCCUGGAUCUGUUCCGACACCCCCAGCUCCCCGGCACUGUGAUGGCUCUGGUGGGGAAGUUUGCCACGGCGGCCGGAUUUACCAUCUCCUACGUGUAGUCUGCUGAGCUCUUCCCCACUGUCAUCAGGUAAGGACUGCAGACGGGCAUGGGGCUGGUGGGCAUUUUCUCGAGGAUCGGGGACAUCCUCACGCCACUCGUGACCCUGCUGGGUGAGUACCACACGGCCCUCCCUAUGCUCAUCUACGGCAGCCUCCCCAUCGGGGCUGGCUUACUCUGUGCCCUGCUGCCAGAGCCACAUGGCCGGAGCCCGAAGGAUGCCAUGGACGACCUGGAGCAGGAGUCCUGCCCACACCCUCUGAACGCAGUGCCCUCGGAAAAGGAUUCCGAGGCCUCAGGAAGUACUUCUAGCCCAGGGGUGGCCUUUAGAGCAGCACGUACCUCUGAGUGUGUCUCCGAAGCCAGAGCAGCAGCAGCAGAGAGCUGCCUGAGCACUCCCCUGGGAACAGCUGGACCUAUGAGCAUGGCCGUCUUGCUGACGGAGGCAGCACCCCAUGAGCUGGCCCCAGAGCCAGCCAGCCACUGCCCAGCCCAAUCCCAGAAGCAUCCGAGACAGGCCUCCCUCCUUUCAAAACCUUUCUCAUCCCCAGAGCCCCACGCCCAAUACCCUGUUCUGGGUUAGAGUCUUGGGUGUGUCUUGGGCUUCACUUGUUCUCUGACAGUCUUGUGGGGAUAUGGCUCCUCAGAUCCCCUCCAUCUGGGGUCCCCCUGCCCUGAAAACACAGUCAAGCCAAAAACAGAACAGCUGGGUAGGGCCUCUCCAAGUAGGUGAGAGUAGGAAGAGAAAAACACUUAAAAGUUCUGGACUCACCCAGGCAGGUGAAGGAAAAGCUGUGGAUGAAGGGAAGGUUGUGGUUCCUCCAAUCGCUGGACUAGGCCCGUCUGGAUAAGGUGGGACCCACAGGGCAUUUGAUCCAGCUGAGCGGGCACUGAUUCAGUCAGAAUCGAAGCUUCAGUCUUGCCUUCUCCUCAAAGAUUCUCCUUCCCCUGUCCUGCACUCAGGGACCAGUGGCGGGGAGAGGGAGGAUGUGGGUCCUGUUCCUCUCCGGGCCCCUCCUCCCCUUCAUGCUCUGCUUCUCUGGCUCCUUCAGGGCCCACGCAGGGUGAGGGAAAGGGGAAGAAGUCUUCUUACCUGGUGGCCGCUGGUGGUAGUUCUCCGGGCUUGCAGUGGUUAGUCAUCAGUCAGUGGCCCUGGCAGGCUCCUAAAAGUAGGUCUUCCACGAGAAUUUUCGGGGGUUCUCAGCGAUCAUCCCAGGACCUCUGCGUUGGUCCUUAGUAUGAGCAAUGUGCCUGCAACUGACCCCUUGGGACCCCUCUUCACCUCUUGGCCGCCCCCCCCCGCCCCGCCCCGUGGGGAUCCCCACGUAGCCUCUUACAGAAGAAUCCAGCUAGCAAGACCAUAGCAACACAUGAGCCCGACUGUCUGCUUUCUCUCUUCCUGCACCCCAACUGCUGGUCACUGCUGGAAAGAGUCACACUCCCAACAAGUCUGAUCUAUGAAUCCAUGGUCACCAACACCAACUGGGUCUUUAGCAACACCUCGUAUUCCUACCAGCUUUUCAAGUCAGCUCGUUUUCCAACUCUCACCAGUGGCUAUUUCUAAACUCCGCUCUGCCUGCCUCCCAUCCUUCUACCCCCUACCAGGUAGCUUCUCCUCCUCCUCUGAGAGACAGGAAAAGCCAUCCUACUGCCGCUCCCCAGACUUCCCACCAAGAAGUCUUUAACCUACACUCCCUCCUCACCCGGGUGGGAUCUGGGAGCUGCUGAGUGGAGAGCCUGUUCCUCCUCUUACUCUCCUCUCCAUCCCUCCUCCUCAGGCAUGGGGACAGGGGCAGCCAAGUUGUGUGUGGAAGGAUGGGAGGAUUUCCCUCAGUGGAGGUGGAGCCCUGAUGGGGAGGCGGGUGCUCCAGGUGCUGGGAACAGUCUGCACGGAGAAAUGGGGCUGGCUCACGUGGAGAUUUUCCCAGCCUGCCUUGCGCCUUCAGUUCCUAGAGCCUGUGGCCAGCUGUGCCCCAGGAAUGGAAUGCUGUUCCUCCCCAUGCCACCCCACCCCAGGACCUCCCCGCCCCAUUGUGACACUGCUCCCCAGAUACCGUGGAACCCAAGGGUUCUGCUUCCAAGGGUCUGGCUGGGCCUGGCUUGUGGUCCUGUCUCCAGGGAGGAGGGACUGGGAGGGUGUGGAGGGUGGCAAUUAUGAUGACACCUGGCAACUGUGUGGCCGCAUUCUCAGCGCAGAUGUGGACAGGGCCUGUUCGGCUGUGGGGAGUCUGUGGAAGGAGCGGGCUGUCCUCCCGGGAAGCGUGAGUUCUCAGGUGUGGCAUCUGGCCAUUUCCUGCCCUCAGAAGGGGGGCUGCUCCGGGUUAUACCUUCCUGUCCCAGGCCUUAGUUUCCACUUUUUACAUUGAGAACCAAUUGCCUGGGGCCUGUCCACCUGGCAGGGGACCUUUGGGAACAAGUGCUCCAGGGCCUUGCAGACUGUCAGGCCCCUGUGGGUAUUCAGGUGAUGCUGUGGGGGACACUGAAGGGGACCCUGCCCGGGAAGCUGGCUCCAGGCCCAAAAGCCAAAUCUCUCUGAGCAAAGCAAAGGUUCCCUCCUUCCCUCUCUCCCUCCCUCCCUUCUUCCUUCCCUCUCUCUCUCCCUCUCUGCCUGGGAAGUCUCUUCUGUCCUGUGACACCCCCUCCAAACUUACACACAUGCACACUGUACUAGUUUUCUGUUGCUGUUGUAACAUAUUGUCACAAACUUAGCGGCUUUAAGCCACACAGAUUUAUUAUCUUAUAGUCCUGCAGGUCAGAAGGCCAAAAUGGGUCUCACUAAGCUAAAAUCAGCUGUCGUAGGGGAAUUUAUUUCCUUGCCUGUUCCAGCCUCCAAAGGCUCACAGUUCCUUGUAUCUUCAAAGCCAGCAACGGCUGGUCAAGUCUUAAGAGAUGUAACUGAAAUUUAUGCAUUUUCAUUGCUGUAUUGCAUUCCACUAGAUAAAUACACCGCAGUUUAUCCAUUCCUCUGCUGAAGGAGCAUUUGGGCUCUUUUUUUUUUUUUUUUUUUCUUCACAUUUGAGGUGUGUUGUCGUGAAUGUUUUGGUACUCUUCUUGGAUCAUAUGUACAAAUGUUUGCCCAGAGUAUGUAACUGGGAGUAGAAUUGCUGGGUCAUAAUGUGUGGGGACAUUCAGCUCUAUAAGACAAUGCCAAAUUGUUUUCCAAAGUGGAACUAUGAAUAAUCCUGCCAGAAAUGUAUAAAAGAUAGAUACUGGGUAUUGUCAGAUUUCUUAAGUUUUCUUAAGCAAAUGAGUGUAAAUUAUGGUCUUGAUUUGCAUUUCCCUCAUUAUUAAAGAGGUUGAACAUCUCUUCGUAUGUUUGUUUAAAUUUCCUCUUCUUGCAAUGCCCAUUCAUGUCUUUUGUCAUUUUUCUGUUGUCUUUUUAUUAUUGAUCUGUGGCUUCUUUACAUAUUCUUGAUCCUUUUUCUCCCCAGUAAUACAAGUUUUUCAAUAUAUUC